GGCCGGUGCGUGUGGUGUCUCCGCUGCUCCGUGUGAGAGGGAGAACCUGUCAGCGAUAAGCGAAGGGAGGAAACGAGCGCAGCACGCUUAAAAGGCUUUUGGACUUUACAAUGGAGACAGUUGUUUGGGAGUACGGUUAAAGGAACAGGCAAUGGAGCUUACAUUCAGUUCUCUGGCUGCUGUUUAGCAUCAAGAUGAAGCCUAUUGCAUUGAAGAAAAAGAAAGAAGACAUGUGUUCAUUCUUAAUGUCCCUUCUCCUGCACAGGGGUAACCAAAAUCUUGGUAGUCAAUGAAACUUGGAAACCUCGUCGGUUUUAGAGCAAUUGGUGCUUUGGACGCAAGGCAUCGGAAUUCAAGAGGUGCAUGUGGCUUUGCGUGUGUUUAUCAUGGCUGCCUAUUUAAUUUCCUUCAUCUGGGUAUCUGUGAUACUGGCCCAGAAAAGCAUGGGGCACAGUCUGUUCGCCUGUGAACCAAUUACACUAAGGAUGUGUCAGGACCUUCCUUAUAAUUCCACCUUCAUGCCGAACCUUCUGAAUCAUUAUGACCAGCAAACUGCGGCGUUAGCAAUGGAGCCUUUCCACCCCAUGGUGAACCUGGAAUGUUCUCGAGAUUUACGCCCGUUCCUGUGUGCUCUUUAUGCACCCGUGUGCAUGGAAUACGGACGCGUGACACUGCCCUGUCGCAAGUUAUGUCAGAGAGCCUAUAAUGAAUGCUUCAAACUUAUGGAGAUGUUUGGCGUGCCGUGGCCGGAAGAGAUGGAAUGUAGCCGCUUUCCGGACUGUGAUGAGCCAUAUCCCCGAAUAGUGGACAUCAGCCUGUCUGGAGAACCAUCCGAAGAAACCCCUUUAGCAGUGCAAAGAGACUAUGGCUUCUGGUGCCCCAGGGAACUCAAAAUUGACCCUGAUUUAGGCUACUCCUUUCUGGGAGUACGAGACUGUUCUCCACCCUGCCCGCACAUGUACUUCCGUAGAGAAGAGCUCUCCUUUGCCAGAUACUUCAUUGGAGUCAUUUCCAUAGUUUGCCUCUCUGCCACAUUAUUUACUUUCCUGACGUUUCUUAUCGAUGUCACAAGAUUCCGUUACCCAGAGCGGCCGAUCAUAUUCUAUGCUGUCUGUUACAUGAUGGUGUCCUUGAUUUUCUUUAUUGGGUUUUUACUAGAAGACAAAGUGGCAUGCAAUGGUGCAAACCCCAGCCAGUAUAAGGCUUCCACCGUAACCCAAGGGUCUCAUAACAAAGCCUGUACGAUGCUCUUUAUGGUGCUUUACUUCUUUACCAUGGCUGGCAGUGUGUGGUGGGUUAUCCUUACCAUUACUUGGUUCCUAGCAGCAGUUCCAAAAUGGGGUAGUGAAGCCAUUGAGAAGAAGGCUUUACUGUUUCAUGCCAGUGCAUGGGGCAUUCCUGGGACCUUAACAAUCAUCCUGCUCGCUAUGAACAAAAUUGAAGGAGACAACAUAAGCGGUGUGUGCUUUGUGGGCCUCUAUGAUGUCCAUGCCUUGAGGUACUUUGUCCUUGCCCCUCUCUGCCUGGAUGUUGUUGUUGGUGUUUCUCUCUUGCUCGCCGGGAUUAUUUCCUUGAACAGAGUCCGGAUUGAAAUCCCCUUGGAGAAGGAAAACCAAGACAAACUAGUGAAGUUCAUGAUCCGCAUUGGAGUAUUUAGCAUUCUUUAUCUUGUGCCACUCUUGGUGGUGAUCGGCUGCUAUUUCUACGAGCAAGCCUACCGAGGGGUGUGGGAGACAACUUGGGUACAAGAGCGCUGCCGAGAAUAUCACAUUCCGUGUCCAUAUAAGGUGACACAAACAAGUCGACCGGACCUUAUUCUCUUUUUGAUGAAAUACCUCAUGUUGCUUGUGGUUGGAAUACCUUCUGUGUUCUGGGUCGGAAGCAAGAAGACCUGUUUCGAAUGGGCCAGCUUUUUCCAUGGCCGUAAGAAAAAGGCUGGUGUGAACGAGAGUCGCCAAGUGCUUCAAGAGCCUGAUUUUGCCCAGUCGCUCCUCCGGGAUCCAAAUACCCCCAUCGUCAGGAAAUCUCGAGGGACCUCCACUCAGGGAACCUCUACUCAUGCUUCAUCCACUCAGCUGGCUAUGUUGGACGACCAGAGGAGCAAAGCGGGCAGCGUCCACAGUAAAGUGAGCAGUUAUCAUGGCAGCUUGCACCGCUCGCGGGAUGGACGGUAUACCCCGUGCAGUUACAGAGGAAUAGAAGAACGCCUCCCUCAUGGCAGCAUGUCCCAUUUGACCGACCACUCGAGGCACAGUAGCACUCACCGACUGAAUGAGCAGUCACACCAAGGCAGCAUUAGAGACUUGAGCAAUCCCCUCGCUCACAUUUCCCAUGGAACCAGCAUGAACCGAGUCAUCGAGGAGGACGCAACAAGUGCCUGAUGGGACGGAAUGUAGAAGAAACUGAGAGCUUGAGAAGAUCUGACAUCACUUGGCCUUGACAUCUAGGACAGCUGACAUGUUUAUUGGAAAAUCCUUGGUUGGGAUCCUGGAAUGCGUACAAUCUACUGAUUUUUUUCAUGUUUUCUUUACUAUUGUGAUGGUCCAUGAAUAUGGUUGUUAUGAUGGAUGCCAAACCUUGAUCAAACACAACAUGAGCAGAGACUGAAGAAGAUACUGAAGGCCUUAGCCCCAGUUUGCAUAAUGGAUUCCCAUUUCUAAAGCAAAUAGAGAUAUUUUGUAUAUGGAGCAACUCAAUGAUCUGUAGAUCUAUUUUCAUUCCCUGUCCAGCACCGGAAUUUACGGGCAACUCGCUUCCCCAAUAGCUGCCGUUUAUCUACAACUCUCAGCUUCCAUUGACUGGGAGGUUGGGCGUUUAGUUUAAUAGCAGCAGAUGGGACACAUUUUAGAAAUGGAUAUAGUUGCACCCUGUGCAUAUAUAGUGUACUCUCUCCUGCAGGGGGGGGGCGCAAGACUAAAAGCCUCUUACAUUCUAUUAAUGUGAGUUGUGUAAGCUCUUAACUAGCAUUGAUCCUCACUUAUUACCUAAAACGAGGGAAGUUAAGGAAUAAAAGGCUAUUUCUUCUUCCACGCAUUGUACGGCUACAGAUCAGAUGAUAAAACGUCCUUGUCCUCUCCUGUGUAGAUAGAAUGACGAAUCCAGAGACCAGUAGAAAAAAGCAGGGACACCAAUGUUGUCCAUUGAAGCUUUUCUUGAUCUUCAGACUUCCUAGUUACCCUCCCAGGCAGUUUAUUUGGCUGCCGUCUGGAACUUCUCCAAUCAAUCCAAGGACUUGCACAGACAUUGCCCGGGAAUUGGACUGGUCAAAGAACCAGGCAUCUAGAAAUACUGUAUCGUACUAUGGACUGGAAUGCCUCUUAUUUUUCUUUUCAAUAGCAACGGCCGAUAAUUCCUAUGGAAUAGCCGUGCUUGGUAAAUGUGGCCUGAUGAUGGGUCUGUACAGGAAUAAAUGUUUUGUAAAUAUGAUGUUUAUAAGGAUAUUGAUCAUGCAUAGACACUGGACAGUUUGCCCAUAAAUAUGCCCCACUGGCAACUUACUAAUAUGACUACUGGCAACUUAUUGUACUGUAAUGGUGGCUUUCAUUCAUGCACACAUAAAAGGGAAUGUAGGCUCAGUCCCCUAUAAUGGGCUGUUCCGCUUAAUUAAAGGCAUUGAGCGCUUUUUAAUCAGAUUCCAAAAGGUCAAUGGGAAAUCCAAGAGGGGGGAGACUGGCAAUUUGGGAGCAUCAGGAGGCACAGCAGCCAGUUUGAGUGCUAGUUCUGGUGCAGAGAGCAGCGACCCCAAAGGAGCAAGUGCUUGGGGGCGCCCCGAGAAUUGAAUUCUGUUUGUUUCCCAUCCCACUGUCUCUAAGUAUACUUAAUACUUAGUAGUUGAAUUUUUUGCUGAUUAUUAUUAGUUGUUUUAACUACUGAUUUUGUAGCACAAUUAAACCACUUCUUCUGCCAAAGGGAAAACUCCCUGCUGAGCUGUUGCGUAGACCCUGUGUUACUGUUACACAAGAAGCUCUUUAUUUUAAAACACUGGAACAAUUGAACAUAUUGACUUGUUUACAAUAUUGAUUUUGUAUUUUUUUUUUUUUACCGUGUAUUUGUAAUUGUUACCCCAUCAUUAAAGUGACAACUAAAGACCUGACCAAACAUUGGCACCUUCAGAAGAUACACGUUACAUGGAGCUUGUAUGGACCCCGAAUCCUACCGCAUACAGAAUAUGGCUUCUGUAUAUCGCUGGUUUACACUAGGAAGCAUACAGCAGCUCUACAUUAUUUGUACCUUCUGAUCUCUGCAGUGUUGUCCCCAGAGCUUCAAUUGCCACUUCACUCGUCUGUGCAUAGGAUAAAGUGAUUUUUUUUUCAUUUGCACUCUGUUUGUAGACUAUACUGUAACUGUUUACAGUAGAGCAGCCUCUGUAUCUGUACAAUAAUACAAGGAACAGCAUUUGGUAGCACUUUAACAAUGAGUGUAAAGAGGAAUUUAGAUCAUCUGUAGACAUUUCAUUUUAGAGAGAGAGGUUGAUGUUUUUUUUUUAAUAAAAUUAAAAAUAUGUGAAAUUA